GGGAAUAGAAAACAGUCAGAAGUUUUUCUGUCUUCCUUUCGGUGUUUGCCCGCCUUCAAUGACUAGAAUCCAUUCAUAGCAGGGGUCAGAAUGGAGGAGACGCUGCAACAAGAGAACCAAGAGUCGGAAUAUAAAGAUCCGAAUGAGGGCCAAGAUGGGAUCCGUCGCCGAUUGCGGGACAGAAAUCUUCUCCGGAAGAGAAAGGCUGAAGCAGAAGAAAAGGAGACUAACCAGUGGGUUCUGGGGGUGGAGAGCCAGAGGAAAAGGCCCAGGGCUGACAGUGGCAUAAAGAGGAGAGGCAGGCCCAGGAAGAGUGAGCCAGCACCAGAGAUAUCUGCCAUUCAGGAGGAGACAGCAGAGCCUGAGGAAGAGCCUGACUACGUGGUGAUUGAACCUCAAGACGUCUUCCCAGAUCUAACGCCAGUCUCUCAAGCCUCCUUACUUCCUGUGGAAUCACAAUCUUCAUCUUUCCUCGCUGCCCCUGCCCCUGCGCCCGAGCUCGGAUCUGACCAAAGCUUCGUCUUUGCUCCUACUCCACUUAAUCCAACUCCAUCCCUCCUUUCACCCUCUGAUCCGGCUCCACCUCCUCUCAAAGUCCUCGAUAGGGUUCCAAUCCCUGUCCAAGAGCCGGCUCCAGCUCCAGAUGAUGUUCCAGUCCCAGUCCCAGUCCCAGUCCUGAUGCCAGCCCCUGUUCAAGCUGCAGCUCCUGCUCCUCCUGCAGACCCUCCCCAGGUGGAGACCUUCUUCACAGAGUCACAAGACGACAGGGAGGCCCAGGACCAGGUCGUGAUUGAGGACUUGGGCCCAGAUGAGAAGCAAGACUUCCCUUCAUCUCAAGACAAAAGAGCUGAUGAAGAUUUGUUUGAGAUACCUUCGAUCAGUGUACCUGAACAAAACGAAAUGUUCUCAGAUCCAACCUUCUCCUCUGCGCCUCCUCCACAAAAAUACUUCCCAGGAAAUUCAUUCUAAUUUUUAUAAAGCACACUUCUCAGAUACUGCCUCGGCUCAGACUACAUCAUUUUCGGUCACAGUUUGUCUCUGAGUUUCAUUUUGGUUAGUGUGCAGCCUGAAGAGAACAAACAUAUUGCUUAUUUGACAAAUGUAUGAAUUCAAACCAAACCUGUAUGCUUAUUUAUUAUGGUUUGUGCUUCACUGUUUGUGAAGCUAAUGAAUUAAUUCUAUUUUGUAUUUUGCAUUUAGUAAACAGCCAUUUUUUUCUGCUUUUAUUUAAAAAAUAAAUUGUAUCAAUCACUGGUAAUAAUAUAUUUUUAAUUGUGGAUUUAUUUGAUAGAUUUUUGUAAAAGUCGUUUUUCACUAAAUAAAAUACACUGCUUACAA